CUGGAGACUACAAAAUCAUACAUUAUUUAGGUACUAAAAAAUCCAACUCGUCUUGCUACUUGACCCAAUUCCAUUCUAAUUCCAUCCUCCGCUGAUCAUGAAAAUCCAUUGACAUUCUGCUGCUGCGAGAGUUUUCAGUCUGCAGCAGCCAUACAAAGUCUGCCCACAUCCCAUCAACAACAUCCAUUUCUUGCCCCAUUGUUACAGUCAAUUCAUACCAACUGUUCCCGACAACAAAAGAAGACACCUCACAGUUUUCAAAAUGGAACGACCAACAUGUUUGGACAUGAACUGCGGCGGGCUCACCUUCCUGAUCAUGAUCAACGCCCUGUGGGAACAGUUUACCGCGAAAAAAGGCCCACGACGCGGGGAGGAGCCCCCAGGGAACCAAGAAGCAGCAGCAGCCCUCAUCACAAAGAGCCCUCGGAGGGAACACAUGGCCGCCGCCAAAGCCGCCGCCCCCACGCAGUUCCGCCGCUUCCCAGACCUCCCCGCGGAGGUGCGCCUCCUGAUCUGGGAGGAGGCCGCGCGCUACAAGCGAUACGUCGUUCUCGUCCCGCCCUGCAACAGCGUCUUCGCCUGUUUCAAAUUCUGGAUGGAUUUUGCCAAAUAUGAUGACCCCAAGUUCGCGGGGCGGCGCCGGCCCCUCUGGACGUCGCCGACGCCCCCGCCGACCAUGUUGUCUGUGAGCUCCGAGGCGCGCCACGUCGCGCUGAAGGUGUGGCGGCCUGCGUUUGCGUGUGAGGUGUUUCCUGCUGCGGUGUACAUCAAUUUCGACCAGGAUGACGUUGUGAUAAAAUCGAACGCGCUCGUCACACACACCUCUUUUGGCAUGGGUGGUCCCAUCGACAGAAUCUUCCGGCCUUGGGAGGAGUGGGUGGCCACGAUGACGAUCAGCUGUUGGAAACACACAGAAGAUGUAGAGAAUAUCCAGAGGCUUGUGGCAUGUGGGAACUUCAUGAGAGGAAUAAGGGAUUAUGCGGGCGCACAGGACGAAUUUAUGACGGGACUAAAAUCUCUCAUCAUGAUCAGGAUUGGUAACCUGCAGUUGCCUCACGCCAGGAAGUUUUACGUGGGAACCAGUCGCUCGGGCAAGGGCGCACCUCUUCUGUCGCUCGGCGGCAUCGAUUUUGCGAACACCGCAGAAAACUCCUGGCUCCGGCCCGCGAUCACCCGGUCCUUCGCGGAGAUAGAGGUCAUCAACUUCGCCGGGGGCACAGCAUCGACAGACGUAGGGACUUGGUGGAAUUUGGGCCCGCAAACUCUUGGCUGGAACCUGAUACGGAGUGGUGGGCCCAGGUCGGUUGACCUAGGACCAGGAAAGCGGUGUGUGGAGCAUUCGAAAUGGUACUGUCAGACCAGGAAGAUGACGAACAUAUGGUACGCGGUCUAG